AUGUCUUCGGCAACUGCCUUGCCAGAUGGCGUGUCAUACUAUGAUAUAGUCAUCGUCGGCGCUGGUCCCUUUGGCCUCAUGCUAUCAACCUGCCUCGCUCGCUGGGGCUACAAGGUGAAGCACAUUGAUAACCGGCCAGCACCCACAGCCACAGGACGCGCCGACGGAAUCCAACCGCGAUCCCUCGAUCUCCUGCGUAACAUGGGCCUCAAGAGCGCCAUAAUGGACCACAAGCCCGCCCGCGUCUAUGAGGUGGCCUUCUGGGACCCCUCGGCCGCCGGCAAGGGCAUCACUAGGACGGGCACCUGGGCUAGCUGCCCGUCAUUCAUCGACGCCCGAUAUCCCUUUACUACCCUCCUACAUCAGGGUCACAUUGAGAGAGCCUUUAUCGACGACCUGGCUAAGAAUGGCGUCCAUAUCCAGCGCCCCUGGACAAUCACGGAUUUUUCGACAGAUGCAGCGUCCAACGGCCCGGACUUCCCCGUCUCGGUAGACAUUGCAAACGUCGAUGGGUCUGCUACUGAAAAGAUUCGCGCGCGUUAUCUCUUUGGUGCUGAGGGAUCCAGGUCGUUUGUGAGGGAGAAACUCGGUAUUGCAAUCCGUCACAAGGACCCUAUCUCCCAUGUCUGGGGUGUCAUGGACGGAAUUGUCGAUACCGACUUUCCCGAUAUCAAGAUGAAAUGCACCAUUCACAGCGACCACGGCUCCAUCAUGGUCAUUCCCCGCGAAGAUGACAUGGUUCGUCUGUAUAUCCAAUUGGCGUCUUCGUCGGACGACGACUGGGAUCCCAGGAAGACGGCAUCGGAGAAGGAGGUUCAGGAGAUGGCCAAGAAGAUCAUGAGGCCCUACACUAUCGAGUGGGAGCGCGUCGAGUGGUUCUCGGUAUACCCCAUCGGACAGGGUAUUGCAGAUCGGUAUACACUAGACAGGCGAGUCUUUCUUGGCGGUGAUGCAUGCCACACACACAGCCCCAAAGCUGGUCAAGGUAUGAAUACGGCCUUUUUGGAUGCACUGAACCUGGCAUGGAAGAUUCACGCCGUAGAACGUGGGUUCGCACGACCCGAGCUCCUGGAGACGUAUGAGCCGGAGCGGCGGAGCACGGCGGAGAAGCUCCUCGACUUCGACAGCCGAUACGCGAAGCUGUUCUCGCAGCGCAUCCCCGCAGCAGAAGAGGUGCAGGCGGCGUCGGAGAACCACGGGACUGAGGCGGCACAUCACGAUAACCCGUUUGUCAAGACGUUCAAGGAGUCGUGCAAAUUCACGAGCGGGUACGGCGUGUACUACGAAGCCAACUCGAUCAACUGGUCACCGUCGCACCCCGCUCGGUCGCCGCUUAUCCACGACCCCCAACGCACCGGCGCCCGCCUGGAGACGGGCCACCUGUUUGCCAACUCGGACGUGACGCGCGUGGCCGACGCCAACGUCGUGCACCUGGAGCAGGAGGUGCCGAUGAACGGGUCGUUCCGCAUCUUCAUUUUUGGCGGGAAGCCCAGGCUGACGUGGACGGCCCUACGCGACCUGGCCGACGGCAUCGCCUCGCGCUCCUCCUUCUACACGUCCUACCUCCGCAGCGACAUUGACGACGUCUCCCACCGCGAGCAGCACAACCCCCACAGCCAGUUCUUCACCGUAUGCACCGUCUUUGCCGCCCGACGUUCAACCAUAGAAAUCUCCCGAGACGUUCCUGGUGUCCUGGGACGCUACCGUCAGCACGUCUACGCUGAUGACCUCCACGAUGACCACGUCCCCGAGUCUGAGGCACCCGCUCAUGCAAAGAUGGGUUUCAGCCAGGAUACGGGCGGAGUUGUCGUCGUCAGGCCGGAUGGAUACGUGGGUAUCAUGGUCGAUCUUGUCGAGGGAACCGGCACUGUUGACGCCCUCAACGAGUACUUCUCUGCCUUUUGUACAAAGCCACUGGGUGGACGGGCCACUCCUGUAAGGAAUACUGGCAGUGUUGAAGCUCGACUAUAA